AAUGAUUCUCGUCUCUUUGAUAACCGCAUCUCUGCUGGCAGGAUCUUUUGGAAAAAGUUUUACAGAGUGCAGCUUUGGUGAAUCUGAACAAACCUCAUGUUUAGCUGCGGCUGGAAAUUUUUUUUUUUUUAAACUGAUGAGCAAAGACUUUGAAGACUUGAAGCUCCUAAAGGAUGGCAAGUUUAGAAUCUUUAGGACAGUAAAUGAAUCAGUAAUAAUUGAUGCUCCCUAUACAAACAAAGUCCUUUUUUUUAAAAAUGGAACAAUCAAACUGAACAACGUUUCAAAGAAAGAUGCUGGAAAUUACACGCUUGAGGAGUUCAACUACAAAGGGAAACGACUGAGAAAUUGCAGUAUCAAUCUUAAAGUAUUUGAUCCCGUGUCUGUGUUAACGGUGUCUCAGCAGUGUUUGUCACCAGAACAGAAGAAAGUCACAUGUUUGUUUGAGGGCGAUGAAGCAGCACUCUCUCUGACUUUGAACGAUCACUUACUUUUACGAUCAAACAAAUACAGUCAGUUUCUGAACAACGAUACAUCUGAAAGAUCCAGAGUGUUUAAUGUUUCUGUCAUCAUACAUGGACAACUUCUUGGAAACAUCACAUGCAAAGUCUGGAACAACGUCAGCAGAAAUGAGAUGGAUAUUAGCCUCACUGCUUGCAACGGUGCAGGUUCACAACCAUUUUUUGUGGUUGCCGUUGCUGCAAUCACUGCGUUAGUUUCUCUCUUAGUUUACGCAGCUUUGACCGCCACUCUGAUCAAACUUUGCAAAAAACAAAGAGCUGUGGUGGUUAAUGCAGGUAAGUCACUCUUAUGGAAUUCUGAUAAAAUUAAUAUUAUAAAAGCAUUAAAAAGAAAACAAAUGUCUGUCCAGGUGACUCAGAAGACAAUGUUAUCUACACGGAUGUGACAGUGAAUAAAAGGAAAACUGAAGCCAGACUACAAGACAGCGCCAGACAGCAAUUUUUCAUUUGAAAAGUAUAAAAUAAUUUUUUUUUGUUUACAUUUUUUUGUUGUUCCUUUAUCUUUGUUUCUAUCUGUAACAUGUUACCAGUGUAUAGAAGCAUUUAAAUACAGAAUUAAUCAAAAUGACCACUUAAAAGAUUUGAAAAUGUGUUUUGUUUUAUUGUUUGACCUAAUGUUACCACAAGAUAAAAUAAAAUGACUUCUUUAGA